UUAAGUAAUCCAUCAUGCACACCUAUAGUCUGUGGUAUCAUGAUGUCAUGAAUUAACACUUGUUAACACUUGGUAAGAGGAAGUCAGAACCCACAGGAAGGGCUAAAAAUGUUUUAAAGAAAAACUGUAAGUGCAUCAUUAAGAGAACCACUAACAGAAAGACACAAUGGUUGAUAAGGGUCUUUUAUGUCUGCUGCUGGGACUCAUCAUUCUCUGUUCACGUCUCACAGGUUUGACUGGAGGUACUCAUGUGUUCAGUAGUUCAGGUGAAAAUGUCACUCUGGCCUGUAUGAAUGCUCUUUCUGACAGCACCUCAACUACAUGGAUCUACAGCAAACAUUUAUCAGGUACAGUAGGACUGAUUGAGGGAGGAAUAAAGAAGAAAGACAUAGAGAGAGCUGAGAGACUGAGUCUGGGGUCUGACUGCUCUCUGAACAUCUAUAAAACAACAGAAGAUCAUGGACAAUACACCUGCCAACAAUAUGUGAAUGGACAAAGACAUGGAAUUGAUACACAGGUUUUUCUACAUGUUCUUCAUGUCUCUCCAUCAUCUGCACAGACUGAGAUGAGAUCAGGCAGCUCUGUGACUCUCACCUGUCAGUUGUUUACAUAUAAUAACAAUUGUGAUAGUUUGAUCCGUUAUGAGGGAAUUCAGGUGUUCUGGAUGAAUCAGACUGAUGUUAAUCUACAGACAGACUCCAGAUAUCAUAUAUCAUCAUCAGGACAAUGUAACAUCACUCUGACUACAAUACUCCAGAAUGAAGACAACAACACAAAGUGGAGAUGUUUGGUUAAAAAGAAGAAUGAGAUUAAGAUCUCAGUCAGCUAUACUGUCAAGUUCACGGGUCACUCCGUCUUGACCUCACUGGACGCAGGGGAUCCACCACAAGGCACGGCUGCAGACACAGGGAUAAGUGUGAGUCAACCCAGCCGAUCUCCACCCCUAUCAGCGAUCGCUGUGUUGAUCGCUCUCACCGAUAUCAGGCUUGAUUUAGAGUUUUGGGGAAGCCCCGGGAAUUCCGGUGUUUUGCCUCAGUCGUCCUGA